CUCUCUCCAUCUAACAUUGAGUCCAUCUAACUCUCUCUCUCUCUUCAGUAUUAGGGGCUCAAUCGUCCUAGAAGUCAGACAUGGAGGAAGACUGUAAGACUCAAGAUUACCUGGCAGGGGGCAAAGCCGCAAGACAGGCAGACUCGGCCUUCCAAUAGAAGAAGACAAUACAAAUAAAGAGCCAAUAGGAUCCCAUCACGCAGAGUCAGACAUGAUUUACACCAUUGAAGAUGUCCCACCCUGGUACCUGUGUAUACUCCUGGGACUACAGCAUUACCUCACCUGUUUUAGUGGGACAGUGGCGGUGCCAUUUCUACUGGCGGAGGCCAUGUGUGUCGGUCAAGACCAAAACACCAUCAGUCAACUGAUCGGUACAAUUUUCACCACUGUUGGACUCACAACUCUGAUCCAGACCACUGUGGGAGUCAGACUUCCUUUGUUUCAGGCCAGUGCGUUAGCGUUCCUGAUUCCUGCUCAGGCCAUCCUCAGUCUAGACCGCUGGAAGUGUCCCAGUGAGGAGGAGGUUUAUGGGAACUGGAGUCUCCCACUGAACACCUCACACAUCUGGCAGCCGCGCAUCAGAGAGAUCCAGGGUGCCAUCAUUGUGUCCAGUGUGGUGGAGCUGCUGAUUGGUCUGUGUGGGUUGCCAGGUUUACUGCUGACGUACAUCGGCCCUCUGACCAUCACUCCCACCGUAUCCCUGAUCGGCCUAUCAGUGUUCAGCACCGCCGCAGACCGGGCUGGCUCCCAUUGGGGCGUGUCGGCACUGUGUAUUUUGCUCAUCGUGCUGUUUGCUCAAUACCUGAGGACAACAUCACUUCCUGUUCCCGUUUACAGCUGGAAGAAGGGCCUGACCACCACACGAGUCCAGAUCUUCAGAUUGUUUCCUAUUAUUCUCGCCAUCAUGCUGGUCUGGCUGGUCUGCUACGUCCUCACUCUAACCAACCUGUUGCCAAGCGACCCUAAUCGCUAUGGACACAAGGCACGGACAGACGCCCGCGGUAACAUCAUGACUUCAUCACCCUGGUUCAGAAUACCCUACCCCUGCCAAUGGGGGUUGCCGAUGGUAACGGUUGCCGGAGUGCUAGGAAUGCUGAGUGCAACCAUGGCAGGUAUUGUGGAGUCAAUUGGUGAUUACUACGCCUGUGCUCGUCUGUCUGGAGCUACGCCUCCUCCAGUCCAUGCCAUUAACAGGGGAAUUUUCACUGAGGGUGUCUGCUGCAUUAUUGCUGGGCUUUUAGGGACCGGAAAUGGCUCCACCUCCUCCAGUCCAAAUAUAGGCGUCCUAGGCAUUACCAAGGUGGGCAGCAGGCGGGUGGUGCAGUACGGAGCAGGUAUCAUGUUGCUGCUAGGAUCAGUUGGGAAGUUCACCGCUCUGUUCGCCUCGUUACCAGACCCGAUCCUCGGAGGAAUGUUCUGCACACUGUUCGGUAUGAUCACAGCCGUCGGUCUGUCUAACCUGCAGUUUGUGGAUUUGAACUCGUCCAGAAAUCAAUUUGUUCUCGGGUUCUCAAUGUUCUUUGGUCUGACUCUGCCCAACUACCUUGACAGACACCCCCAGACAAUUCAUACAGGUGUUGCAGAGCUUGAUCAGAUUCUGACGGUUCUUCUUUCCACUGAGAUGUUUGUUGGAGGGUUUAUGGCAUUUUGCCUUGACAACACAAUACCAGGGUCCCGACAGGAGCGAGGUCUGGUUGACUGGACCGCUGUUUCCUCUAGCUCCUCAUCCUAUGACCUUCCCUUGGGGAUGGGUUUAGUGCGGCGAACUGGCUGGCUCAGACGGUUUCCCAUCAGCCCCUCCUUCAAAGGUUUCCGGGCUUGUGAGGGGGAGGGGGAGGGGGAGGUUGAAGCUGCUGACAUCACCCAGUGCAGCACCAAGGUGUGACUGUUAUGUCAUCAUCAGUGGACGUCCACUGGGCGGGAAUCAAACCUGUGAUGUCUUUUUUCUGGAAUGAAGUUUCUACAGGUGAUGCUGCGUUCAAUGACCCUCAGAUAAAAACCGUGGAUUGUGUUUGAUGCUGAUUUCCAGAGACUUACUGAGGUCAACAGCUUAACCCACUUUAAAUGUAAUAUUGAAUUUUAAAUGUGAAUAAUGAGUAACACACACAUCCAAAUCAAGAUCCAUGAUAAUAUUUACUACAUGAAACUGAAUUAUAAGUCAGAAAUGUCUGAUCUCUGAUAAAAAUGUUGUUAGGGUCAGAACCAAUUGAAAGAGGAGAAACUUCAACGAGCCAAUCACAGCUGAGUGUGAUGUCACAACUAGAUGACCAUAGAGGAUAUUACAUCCACAGUGGAGCUGUGUGCAGCAUAUCUUCUUCAAGAGUCUCUACUAAUAGUUACAACUGUUGUGAUCAGCACGUCCUAUGUUACCAUGGAAACCUAAAGCUACUUGAAGCAUAUCCCAGACUGACUGCUGAAAAUGUUUCUAAGGAAACUGUCGAUGUUCAUGACUUUUCUAUAAGUCAAAAAUAAAAAAGUGUUUUUAUAAUCA